AUGUUUCGCAUUUUGUAUAAUUCUUUAUCGGAAAAUUCUGAAAAACUUGCUGAAUACACUGGAUGUAAAAGAAAAAUAACAUAUGUCAAUGAUGUGGACAAUAUUAAUUCAAGUUUAUAUUCAGAACCAUUAAUUUAUUUUCAUUCGAAAAAGAGCAUCGAACCAUUAAAUGAUGAUUCAUUACAUGACAAUGAUUUUCAUAUUAGAUUUCAUCGAAAUGUAUUACGUUAUCAACGAAAAGUUGAAUAUUGUCAAUGGAUCGAAAAUAUUCAGGUAUCUACGGAUAAUGAGACUGGAUUAGAAGAAAAAACAUACUUUUAUAUCCAAAGAUGGCGUCCAAAUCCUGUUUCAUCAGUGCAUUAUAAUGAGGCAUUGAAUCAUGUUAAUCCACAACGUCAUCCAUAUUCAAGUAAAACUGUUACAUUAUCACAGGCAAAAAUAGGAAAAUUAAUUUUCAAUGAAGAUUUAAUUGAGCAGUUAUAUGAUUUUAAAAGUAUAACUGAUGAUAAUGAUAUCUUCAUCGAACCAGCUGGCAAAUAUGCUAGUGCAUAUAAUGAACAUCAAUUUGAAUAUAUCGGCAAUGGGCGUUUCCAUUCACAAUAUGAGAAAGUAUUACUAUAUAGUCCACCAACAAUCAAUCAAUUGCAAACUGAAACAAAAAUAGCAGGUGAAUAA